GGCAGUCUGCUGAUACAUCAAUAAAGACCCAUCCUCAAUCCACACAUUUGUAGUUAGGGCACUUUCUCAUCUCAGCAAAGAAACCUCAAGCUGAGAAUAAUGCUGUCCUUCGUGGGUGCUGCCUUGUUGAUUUCUGUGCUCAAAACAGAUGCCCAGGGGUAUCCUGGGUCCCAUGACUACAAUGUUCCCAAAAACUAUAAUCCACAGCUCCCCGAAUCUGGGCCAUAUGUUGCUGCCCAAGUCAGCUAUCCUCGCCCAGAAGGUUACAAUAGUUACAGUGUGGGUACUUAUUAUGGGAAGCCUAAUCCACAGAACCCUCCACGUCAAUCUUCAUUUUUCAGUGACAUGAUGUCAACAAUGUCUUCAGUUCUAGGGGAUUCACUAAAUAUGAUGGGUGAUACGUUCAAGAAAUGGUUUGGUGUUCAAUCUGACCAACGUCCUUAUCCUUACUACAGCCAGGCUAAUCAUUACAGUGGGCCUCUUCCUCCACCACCUCCUCCUCCUCCCGCCAGCAGUCACGUUGUCUCCGCUUAUCCUUACAAUCAAUUUCAACCUGGCAAUAACCAGGCUGGUGCUCCCUCCAGUCAUUACAAUGGGCCUCCUCCUCCUCCUCGUUUUGUCAACAGCCACGUUGGUGCUUCCUCCAAUCAGUACAAUGAUCCCUCUCCUCCCGUUGCCAGCAUCCAGGUUACUGGUGCCUCUGAUAGUAAAAAUGGUCCUCCUCCUGCAAGUAGCCAGCUUAAUGUUAGGAUGCCACUUCCACAUCAAAAUGCAAUGUAAAUCAAAGCAUGUCACGGGGAAAAUGGACUCUGAUUCACCAACUGCAAGAAUAAAAUGAAGAGCCACAUUUUCUCUUUCCGUAAUUUUUCCCUAAUCAAAGAUCAACAGGGAAUUGAACUUUCUUUUGAGAAAGCUCCAGCAAUUAUAUUUCUUUCUGUUGAUUAAUAUAGUUUCUCUUAAUUGUGAAUGCAGAUUAGUCUACAAAAAUAAACAUUUAAAAAUAUAUACAUAUGGAGCAUUA